AUGCCAAAGUUAUUCUCAGACCGUCCGCCACUGAAUGCGGUCCUUCGUGAGAAAGUCGAGAAAGUUCGGUACUCCUGCACACCUCGCAAAUGUUUCCAGUCGUUUCUCUCAUUCUUUCCGGUUAUCACAUGGCUUCCCAAUUAUGAUUGGUCCCAUUCAUUUUUUGGUGAUUUAUCCGGCGGAUUGACAAUGGCGGUUUUCUCGGUGCCACAAGGGAUUGCGUUGGCUGGAAUUACCGGUGUACCUCCUGUAUAUGGUUUGUACACCGCCAUUUUUCCAUCAUUUCUUUAUAUUUUCUUCGGCACUUCAAAGCAUAAUGCACUUGGUGGAUUCGCCGUGUUGUCUCUAAUGACUCACGGAGCAAUCGAGAAAGUAAUGAUGAGAACGGCUACGAGUUAUAAUGCAACGGUUUACGUCAAUCAUACCUUAGAUGAGCUGAUAUCGGAUAUGGACAAUGAUACGAUUAUCACGAAUACAACCCUUAUGCAAAUCCUCGGAAAUGAAACCACAUUCAUGGAAGAAGUCACUACAGAAAUGUGGACUGAAGGCGUAACCCCGGUGAAACAAAUUCAUGUCGCAACCACAAUUAUAUUUUUUGCUGGAAUUAUGCAGCUUCUAAUGGGUAUAUUUCGACUUCAAUAUCUCACAUCACUUUUCUCGGAACAAGUUAUGAGUGGCUUCGUCGUUGGCGGUGGUAUUCACGUCUUCUUCGCACAAAUUGGCGAUAUGCUUGGAGUGAAAUUACCAAAAAGAUCAGGACCGGGUUACCUUUACUAUAGAAUAUGGGAUUUGAUCGAAAAUUUGUCAAACAUCCACUAUCCAACAUUGGCAAUUUCCUGUUCAUCAUUGUCAUUUUUGAUAUUUGGCAAAGAAUACCUUGGACCAUGGCUAAGUUCGGCAUUCAACUACCCCGUCCCAUUCGAAUUCGUUCUUGUUGUUAUUGGAAUCACCGCGACCAACUAUGCAGAACUAUCCAGACGGCAUAAUGUGAAAGUGGUUGGAAAUAUUCCUACCGAAUUCCCGCCGCCAUCUCUACCACGAUUUGAUCUAAUUCGCCACAUUGGCCUGAAUUCAGCGGCUAUUGCGAUCACCGCUGUCGCCAUUCAUAUAACGGUAGCAAAGGUCGUCGAAAAGCGUUAUAAGUAUAAAAUAAAUCACGGCCAAGAGCUUUAUGCCCUUGGAUUCGUUGGAGUUCUAUCAUCAUUCUUCCCAGUGUUUCCAGUAACCUCAGGAUUUGCGCGAAGUGUUGUUGGAGCAGCAGUGGGAGGGUCAACCCAACUAACUUGCCUAUUUUCAUCACUUGCUCUUUUAUCUGUUAUUCUUUACAUUGGACCUGCUCUGGAAUACCUUCCCCAAUGUAUCUUAUCAACAAUGAUUAUAUUUUCUCAGAAAGGAAUGUUGGACAAAAUUGGGGAAUUGAAACAGCUCUGGCCGGUGUUUAAAAUUGAUUUCGCAAUUUGGUUGAUGAGUCUUAUAUUAACAGUGUGCUAUGACAUGGGAGAAGGUCUCCUAUUAGCUAUUGGGUUUGCAGUUCUUACAACAAUUAUCCGUACCCAAAGACCAAAGUGGCAUUUUCUAUCACAUGAUCAUGAGACUGAAAGCUAUAAAGAAACUAAAAAGAAAGAUUUGGAGAGGAUUCAAGGAAAUGUGUGCAUUUUUCGAAUGGAUGCUCCUCUGAUUUUUACCAGCGUCGACAGAUUUACACUGUCAGUUUGGCAAUGUGUUAAAAAAUGGGAGCGUUGCCGAUUGGAAUCGUUUGUUACGAUUGAGCAAAUGAAUUCUGACAAAGGAGGAGACCUAUUAGAUUCUAAAGUCCGCGCCGCUCGUCGUCGGUACCGCAAGGACACCAAGCCAGAAAAUCGGUGCCGUUUUGUCAUCGAUUGCAGCGGAUUCCCGUAUGUCGACUAUUUGGGGCUAACAACGCUGAAAACCGUUUACACCGAUUUGACAGCGGCGGGAAUUUUGACGUUUUUCGUCGUCCAGAAAUCCGACUUGCAAAGAUUGUUUCGCGCCACCGAUUUUUACGAUGUUGUCGAUGAGAAUCGCGUGUUUCACAAGUUAUCCGACGCGGUCAAAGCUGCGGAAGAAGCAACCAUAGCACCAUUGGAGAAUAAUCAAACGCCCAAGGAAACAUUAACAGCUCUUGCCAGUAUUAUGACAACUGAUACAAUUCUCGUCGAUGAAGAACAAGAAGAGGAGGGACAGAGGGAAGAAGAAGCAGGUAAUGCGAAUAUCGCUGCAAGCGACGAGGACAAAGACAGUGAAGAUGAUGAAAUGCGGUCGGUGACCUCUGGAAGUAUAUCGAUUGAUGAUGUCCUUGAGAACUGCUCAUCGUCAAGCUCAAUAAAAUCGGUGGAAUAG